ACUCUGUGGGCUGAGAAGGCAGCGUUGCCGGUGUAUUCUGGUGCAAGUGCCGGGCCUGAGGCGUCUUAUUCCGAAUCCCCUCCCCUCUCCCGGCUCCUCAAGCACCAGAUGAAGUAAAAAACCAUUGAUAAUCAUGUUUCUGUUGUUUGAAUUAUAAAAUUUUAGAACCUGGCCCUACAAUACUGUGUUUUAUAGAAGACCUUUCUGUUUAAUUUUAAAGAUUAAAUUGAAAAAUAAAUAUAUCACAUCCAUAUACUACAUCUUAUUUCAAAAUCAGAGACCUUUCAUCAGGGGUUUUGUAUCUGAGGCCCAAAAGUUUUUUACGCAAGAUGAUGAAUGCUGACAUGGAUGCUGUUGAUGCUGAAAAUCAGGUGGAACUGGAGGAAAAAACACGACUUAUUAAUCAAGUGUUGGAACUCCAACACACACUUGAAGAUCUCUCGGCAAGAGUAGAUGCAGUUAAGGAAGAAAAUCUGAAGCUAAAAUCAGAAAACCAAGUUCUUGGACAAUAUAUAGAAAACCUCAUGUCAGCUUCUAGUGUUUUUCAAACAACUGACACAAAAAGCAAAAGAAAGUAAGGCUGAUAUCCAUUCUGUUUUAUGGAAUUGCUGCUGGUUUUUUUUUCUUUAAAAUUUGAGUAGAUUCCAAAAGUUACAGUACCUUUGUUUGUGGCUUCAUUGAAUAUUUAUGAAGAUAAUGGCAGAUCUAGGUAAAAAUUAAGAGCUCUAAAAGUAUAACUGGAGACUUCUAUGAGUUUGUAUAUUAACUUAGUCUAUGAAAACAUGUAACUAUAUUGAUAGUAGAGACUUUAUAAUUAGAAUUGCAUAUAUUUAUUAAAACUUGAAAAUGAGUGUUUUAUCAAAUUUGCUUUGAUUUAUAAGUUUAGCACUGUCUUUUAUUAUAGGCUUCGUAAAAGAUGAUAGAAGAAAAUAACUACCAUGUUGUAAAAAAGUAACCAAAAUCAUGUACUGAAUGCACAGCUUUAUGUACCCUGCCCACCGUCUUGUGCCUCUUUUCCAUUUGCCUCUUCCUUCCCAUUUCCCUUCUAAGGAUAAACAGUUGGUUCCACAUUUGUAAAAGUAAUUUUAAUAAUUAAUCAUUUAUGAAAAUAACCUGAACUCAUUGUUGAAUUUAACCAAAAUAAGAUAGUUUCUCAGCUAGGACCUGUCAUUUGUUAUAUUUAGUAACAAGAUAGGACUGUUAGUUCCUUUUUGAUAAAUUGAAAACAGGCUAUAAAAAUGAUUGUUCUUUGAAACUGUGAAUUUUCAAAUUCGGAAGAUUUGUUGUUCAAAACUUCCUUCUGCACUUGGUAUCUAAAAAGAUGAGCUCUGGUUGUAUGUGUGUGUGUUUAAAAUAGAAAAUCUUGGGAAACUUAGAAUGGAAAAAGUACCUGAUAAACAGUAACUAACUCCAAAUAUUUUCACUCCAGAUUUGUGUCAUCCUGACAUAGAUUAGGUCUUUUGGGGAAUAUAUAUGAAAGUGGAUUAAGUCUGACUAACUUUAUGUAAUCCACAUUUGGAAGAGAACAGUUAUAAAGUGUUUGGUCUCUUAAGGUUUAUUUAUGGUGCCCAGAAGAUCAAGUUUGCAAAAACCCUUAAAAGUAUGUUAGUAUCAGAAUAAUGAAUAAAAUGGGAGGGUUUUACAUAUGUACUACUUGAUAAUUUUUCUCAGUAUUUUAUCUUAGUAGUUCUUGAAUUUUCUGUAAAUCAACUACUUGAUUUGUAGAAUUUUGGGCAUCCUUUUACUAGAGUUUUUUGGUAAGGGAAUUUUGCAGAAAUAAUGUUAAAAUGCUAGUUAUAAUAGGAAGACAGAUCCACUGAUAAUAGCUUGUGGUUUUAGAUUUGGGCCACUUUUAAUCAUGGAAUAAUAAUCUUAAUGUUUGUAUUGGUGCAAGUAAAAUUCAAUAAAUGACUUCAGCUGUAUGAAUAUAUAAUAGUUGUACUGCAAACAUUUGCAUCCCUUUUGUGACCUGAUUUACAAACGUUUGAAAAUUGUGUUGCGAUUCUGCUUUGCUGUUUAAUAAAAAGCCAUUUCAGAGA